UCUCCACCCCACGCGCCCGGCCGUCGUCUCGCUCGCUGCAAUUCUCUCCUCCGCCCGCAUCGCCUCGUCCCCAAAUCCUAAACCCUAGCGAAUCGGGGGCCGAAGCUCGACUCGCCGCGACGAUGCCGUCGGCCGCCGCGGGUCCGGCGGAGGUGGCGCUGGCGCCGCCGGCGAAGGCGGCCGCGCUCCCGUUCGCCGGGAUCUCGCCGGACCUCUACCCGACGGAGGACGACCUGCCCUACGAGGAGGAGAUCCUGCGGGAGCCCUUCAAGCUCAAGGGGUGGUGGCGCUACCUCGUCGCCCGCGCCGCCGCGCCCUUCGCCAAGCGCGCCGUCAUCUACGAGCGCGCGCUCAAGGCGCUGCCGGGGAGCUACAAGCUCUGGCACGCCUACCUCCGCGAGCGCCUCGACCACGUGCGCCCGCACCCAAUCUCCCACCCGGCCUACGCCUCCCUCAACAACACCUUCGAGCGGGCGCUCGCCACCAUGCACAAGAUGCCGCGCGUCUGGGUCCUCUACCUCACCUCGCUGCUCGACCAGCGCCUGCUCACCCGCGGCCGCCGCAACUUCGACCGUGCCCUCCGCGCGCUGCCCGUCACGCAGCACGACCGCAUCUGGCCGCUCUACCUGCGCCUCGCCUCGCUCCCGGCCUGCCCUGUCGAGACGUCCUUCCGCGUGUUCCGGCGCUACCUCCAGUUCGACCCCUCCCACGCCGAGGACUUCAUCGAGUUCCUCGUCUCGGCUGAACGCUGGCAGGAGGCAGCCGACCGCCUGGCCUCCGUGCUCAACGACGAUGGCUUCCGCUCUGUCAAGGGGAAGACCAGGCACCAGCUCUGGCUCGAGCUCUGCGAUAUCCUCACUAAGCAUGCUGAUGAGGUCGCAGGGCUCAAGGUGGAUGCCAUACUGCGGGGCGGGAUACGCAAGUUCACCGACGAGGUUGGCAAGCUGUGGACCUCGCUGGCCGAUUACUAUGUCAGGAGGACCCUCUAUGAGAAAGCAAGGGACGUCUUCGAGGAGGGGGUUUCUUCAGUGAUGACAGUGCAGGAGUUCAGUGUGGUGUUUGAGGCUUAUACACAAUUUGAGCAGAGUAUGCUUGCGGCAAAGCUGGAGGCAGCUGAAGAGGACGGGGCUGCGGGGAGCGACGAGGGUGAGAAAGGGAGCAAGAAGAAUAAGGUGGAGAAGCUAGAGAAGGAACUUGCAGCGUGUUGGUUGAAUGAUGAAGAUGACACUGAUUUGAGGCUGGCAAGGUUUGAGCGGCUAUUGGAUCGCAGACCAGAGCUCCUUAGCAGUGUCCUGUUGAGACAGAAUCCACAUAAUGUGGAGGAGUGGCACAGGAGGGUGAAACUUUUUGACAAGGAUCCCGCAAAGCAAGUAGCGACAUAUGUCGAGGCUGUGAAAACUGUGGACCCAAUGAAGGCAGUUGGGAAACCUCAUACUCUAUGGGUGGCAUUUGCAAAGAUGUAUGAGAAACAUAACCGCUUAGAUAGUGCUGAAGAUAUCUUUAAAAAGGCCACACAAGUGAACUAUAAAGCAGUGGACCACUUGGCUACUAUUUGGUGCGAAUGGGCCGAAAUGGAGCUCCGCAACCAACAUUUUGACAAGGCAAUUGAGCUUAUGAGGUUAGCCACAGCAGAGCCCUCUGUUGAGGUGAAGAGGCGAGCUGCUGCCGAGGGUGACGAGCCAGUCCAGCUGAAAUUACAUAAAUCUCUGAAAUUAUGGAGUAUCUAUGUUGACCUGGAGGAGAGCCUUGGGUCGUUGGAAACAACCCGUGCUGUUUAUGAGAGGAUAUUAGAUUUAAGAAUUGCCACUCCUCAAAUAAUUCUUAAUUACGCAUUUCUUCUUGAGGAGAACAAGUAUUUCGAAGAUGCAUUUAAAGUGUAUGAAAGAGGUGUAAAAAUAUUCAAGUAUCCCCAUGUUAAGGAUAUUUGGGUGACCUACCUCACAAAGUUUGUAAAGAGGUACCAGCGAAGCAAGUUAGAGCGGGCAAGAGAGCUGUUCACGGAAGCUGUCGAAAAGGCUCCGCCGCACGAAAAGAAGGCCUUAUAUUUGCAAUAUGCUAAACUGGAGGAAGACUACGGCCUCGCAAAACGUGCCAUGAAUGUAUAUGAUGAAGCUGUAAGGGCUGUUCCCAACACUGAAAAGAUGAGUAUGUAUGAAAUAUACAUUGCACGUGCUGCUGAACUUUUCGGUGUUCCAAGGACUAGACAAAUAUACGAGCAAGCUAUAGAAUCUGGUCUCCCAGACAAAGAUGUUAUGGUGAUGUGCAUGAAGUUUGCGGAACUUGAAAGAAAUCUUGGAGAAAUUGACCGUUCCCGGGCUAUUUAUAUCCACGCCUCCAACUAUGCUGAUCCAAAUUCUCACCCAGAGUUCUGGAAAAAAUGGAACGACUUUGAGAUCCAACACGGCAAUGAAGAUACAUUCAGGGAGAUGCUUCGCAUCAAGCGUACAGUGGCCGCUAGCCGCAGUCAGACUCAUUUCAUCCUUCCGGAGUACCUGAUGCAAAGGGAUCAGAAGCUAAACAUGGAUGAGGCGGUCGACACUCUGACGCGUGCCGGUGUCCCGCAGGAUGAGAUGGCCGCCUUAGAAAGGCAGCUAGCUUCUGGACCAUCCCCGCCAGCAGCGGCUCCAAGCACCAGUACGACUCCCGCAAACAGAAUGAUGAACUUUGUUAGUGCCGGAGUAGAGGCACGGGCCGAGAGCAGCACGCAACAGGCUGCUGCUAACAACGAGGACAUCGAGCUGCCCGAGGAAGAGAGCGACGAGGAGGACGAUGUCCAGAUCGCGGAGAGGGCUGUCCCUGAAGCCGUGUUUGGCGAGCUCGGCAAGAGAGCCGCGGAGAGCAGGGAGGAAAGCUCCAGUGCUCAAGAGAACAACGAGCAGCAGCUGGGCGCUCUCGAGAGAAUUAAGCGAAGGCGUCAAUAGGGUCAAAGAUUGUGUGAUCCAAGCACGCCAUUACCUGUCGUUGAGCCUAAUGAUGUUGUAGCUGUUACGUGUAAACAUGUUCUUGCUAGCGUUUGCUCUUCUUGUACAAGGAUUUUGCAGGAGUUAAUCUGGUGUUGAUCCGCAGCGUUUUUCUGUGUACAAACUGUAAACUCUUGGGACACGUGUCCAUCAUUUUCAGUGAAAUUUUGUCGAUUCCAAGGA